CAGACAGCAACGGAAGAGCGUAAGGCAACCCGACAGGAUGUUGAAGUUACACUCAUUUCUUCUCGGGUGUUUGGUGACCAUCUCGUACACGCAGGAGAUGUUCUUCAGGAAAUACGCCUACACGAAGGUGAUGUCCGAAUGCCUGGGCGAGAGUGUCUACAAAGACUACAAGCAGAAGAUCCACGAAGCCAGGCGAGAGUGCAGCGCCCAGGCAGGCCUUGAGACGGACCCCUUGGACUCGCUCCUCUCAUCUCCGCCCUUCAGUGCCUUCGGGUCUUUCGGCGUCACGCAGAACGGCUUCCCCAGCACCGACAGCCCCUUUUCGACGAGCACCCUCGGCCCCGUCGGUCCCGUCAGCCCCGUGACUGCUAAUCCGUUCAACCAAGUCUUCGCUGGGAGCACUGUCCGGCCUGGCAUUCCCGUCAACUCCUGAGGCCUAUCGGUGUUUUCAGCCCUGUUGGUGUCAGGCGUCCCCACUUAGAGCCUCAUAGGGUAUUCCCGUUCCCGAUCCGGGUGUACAGAAGG